AUCAAUAUAAAAAUGGCUCUGUAAAUUCCUCCGCAAGAAAUAGCAUUUUAAGCUACCUAGAUUUCCCAUUGGAUUGUUGCUCUCAGUCUAGUGCCGCCGCCUCUCGCCGUCUGAGUCGAAUCUCCGCUGCUCUCCACCACCGCCGAAACGGGUGUAGACUAGGAUAAAGAAGAGAUGGAUGACGUGGUAACUGACAUUCCUCCGCCAUCAAGAUUUAUGUUGGAAGAUCUUAACAAUUUCACUCCUCCGUCUCAACCCCUUCCAUCUCCAUUCCUAGUGUUCUCUACUCUUGAUUCCAGUAAAACCUUUCGUCCUUCACUUCUCAUUGUUGCAAUGUCUUCCCCGUCUCUUCACUUCUUACACCAUCUCUCCCCCAAAACAUUAAUUGGCACGCUCGUUCUUCCGGAGUUCCCUUUCUCUGGCAACUCCAUGGAACCCUCACUUGGUGACAAAUCAUGCAAUAUAUAUGCCCUUAAUCAUUCUGAUAAACUGAUUAUGAUUGCUCUAGUUCAGUACUCGGUUACUGCAGAGAGAUCCCGUGCAGUGGCAAAGUUGCUGAUUGGUGAACAGAUCAUACCAGAGAGGGUUUUGAUUUUGGAUUCUGUUCAACGCCAUAACUUUCGUGGUAAACUUUCACCAGAUGAUGUAUUUGCAGUCAAGUUGGAGACAUCAUUGGAAAGAAGUUCGGAUACUGGAUAUUCACCACUGAUAAAAGGUUUGGAUUAUUUCCCAUCAGGAAGUGUGGUGGAUGGCCUGGCUGCUGCUCUGUUGAGUCAAUGUCAAUUGAAGAAGAUCAAGGGGACACUCUGUGUUUCAUGGCCGCAUUUCGGUGUUUCAGUCAUUUCACUGAUUAAGUCUCUUCUGCUGAGGGAUGUUUUGGCUGGCAUAAGUACUAGUAGUGAUGUUGAUUUGGAGAACGAGUAUUUAAGGUUUAGUCGUAGCAAGGAUCAUCUUGAUUCUGAGUUGUAUACUUGAUCUGUUAGUUUUUAGGUGUUUCCAUAACAACCUUACCUCUCAUCUCUCUUGUUGUCUUCCAAUUUUCUUUCUUUUAUUUUGAGCAAAGCUUGCCUUUGAGCAAUGCAUGUAUUGUGAGACUGCACUUGUUUCUGUUCCUUGUUUUUGUUACACAUUUCAUGAUC